AUUUUAUUUACUUAACUUGUUCACAUAUUUAAUUGCUUAAUUAUUUAAUUUUCUUAUUUAUCUUAAGAUUUUGGUUGCCUUUCAUUUAUAGGAGACAAAAAAGAAUAAUGGGGUUCCUGCUAGUCGGUCACAAGUGUGGAUGGCCGCAUACAUGAAAGAUGGGAUGUCAAAUAGUGAUUCAGUUAAUGAGGUUAUGACUCAAAUGAAUGAGUUAACAGAGCACGUGGAGGGAUCUUCUACUGACCCUGCAGCAUUACAGGAGCAAAUCUUCACACAAGUUAUGGGCCCAGAGCGGCCUGGCCGUGUUCAGAUGUUUGGAUUGGGACCGUCACCCACUGAUGUUUUUGGAGGUGGAUAUAGGCGGUCACAAGAGCAGAAUCGUCUCUUCCAAACUCAAGUUCAGGAACAAGUUCAAGAGCAACUUCAUCGGUAUCAAAUGCAGUUUGAGUCGAAGAUGAAUGAAGUAAUGGAGAAACAAAUUCAGGCUAUACGCACAGAUUUUCAGUCACGAAUUCAGUUUUUGGAAUCUCAAUUGCAAGCUGCAGGCGUGCCCGUUGAUCCAGUUGUUGCACCAUCAAACCCAUUACAUAGGCAGCAGGUUGUGGAUUCACUUAGUAGUCAUCUCACUGUUCGACCAAUGUCACAUCAACAAUAA